GCUGCUGGCUUUGGUCUUGGCUCAUACUCAUAGAUAGUCAUAGUCACGGCUGGCUGCUGUGGUGAUGUAACUAAUUAAGUAAUUGCUUUUACCAUUACGUGACGACACCGAUCUGAUCUUCCAACUCCUGCUGUAACAUGUGUUUUCUCAUUCUAUCAACUCAACGCCCACAAGUCUGAAUUAUUUAGAAAACUGGGCACAAAUGGAGUAGCUUCAGGGCCUCCUUCAGUCGAGGAAAAAAAAGGGGAAAUGGCAAUCGCUCAGGAUGUGGAGGAUGGUGGGCGGGAAGCGAUACGACAAACAUUAGUGCAGGAUGAGAAUAAGUCAACUCACAGCAGUCCUCCAUGGAUGGUUUACUUUAGCACGUUUGUGGCAGUCUGUGGCUCCUACGAAUUUGGAACUUGUGCAGGUUACUCCUCGCCCACUCAGACUGCUAUUGUAAACGAUCUUAAUCUCUCUUUAGCCCAGUUUUCACUAAUUGGCUCCAUACUCACAUUUGGUGCAAUGAUUGGUGCAAUUACAAGUGGACCUAUUGCUGACCUACUCGGCCGGAAAGGGGCAAUGAGAGUCGCUACUGGUGCCUGCGCGGUUGGGUGGUUAACAAUAUACUUUGCUCAGGGAGCAGUGGCUUUGGACAUUGGACGAUUGGCUACUGGAUAUGGAAUGGGAUUCUUUUCUUAUGUGGUUCCUGUUUUCAUUGCCGAGAUUGCACCUAAGAACCUUAGAGGUGCUCUAACUACACUCAAUCAGUUAAUGAUUUGCACAGCAGUAUCUGUAUCCUUCAUAAUUGGGAAUGUACUCUCAUGGAGGGCUCUAGCGUUGACUGGACUUAUCCCUUGUGCCAUUCUGACAUUUGGUCUUAUCUUCAUUCCUGAAUCUCCAAGAUGGCUGGCAAAAGAGCGACGUCAAAAAGAAUUUGAAACAGCCCUCGAAAAACUUCGUGGCAAGGAUGUUGAUGUGUCCCAAGAGGCAGCUGAGAUCCAGGACUAUAUAACAACGCUUGAACAACUCCCAAAACCCAAACUGACUGAUUUGUUUCAGAGAAUGUACUUGCGCUCAGUCAUUAUUGGAGUUGGAUUGAUGGUCUGUCAACAAUUUGGAGGAAUUAAUGGAAUAUGCUUUUAUGUCGCCAAUAUCUUUGAGUCAGCAGGAUUUUCGGUUAGCAUUGGAACUAUAACCUAUGCUAUUCUUCAGGUUAUAGUAACAGGAAUUAGUGCAGGUUUAAUUGACAAGGCAGGAAGAAAGCCCUUGAUACUGGUCUCUGCAUCAGGGUUGGUCCUCGGUUGUAUCCUAUGUGCAGUUUCUUUUUAUCUCAAGGUGAAUGAAGUGGCAAUCCAGACAGUUCCAAUGUUAACUGUAGCCGGGGUGUUGGUGUACAUAGGAUCCUUUUCGAUUGGAAUGGGAGCUGUUCCUUGGGUUGUAAUGUCUGAGAUAUUCCCUAUAAACAUUAAAGGACUGGGUGGAAGCAUGGCAACUCUAACCAACUGGUUUGGUGCUUGGGCUUGUUCCUAUACUUUUAACUUCCUUAUGGCCUGGAGCUCCUAUGGUACCUUCAUUAUUUAUGCAGCAAUCAACGCAUUGGCUAUAGGGUUUGUGGUGAUGGUAGUACCCGAGACGAAAGGGAGAUCUCUGGAACAAAUCCAAGCGGCCAUUAAUGGAUAGUGAUUUUAUUUUAAACCAAUUUUCCUUCUGGGUUGUAUUCCACAUGUUGGUCAGUUGUGAUUAAAUUAUUAUGGUAUACUGAAGUUGCAUGCUAAUGGUUUAAUAAAUUAAGUAAUGGGAAAUUGGUUAAA